UUGCUACGGUAUCAACAAUCUUGCUACGAUAUCACCAAACUUGCUACGAAAUCACCAAUUAUGCUACGAUAUCACCAAUCUUGCUACGAUAUCACCAAUCUUGCUACGAUAUCACCAAUCUUGCUACGAUAUCACACAUCAUGCUACGAUAUCACACAUCAUGCUACGAUAUCACCAAUCUUGCUAAGAUAUCACACAUCAUGCUACGAUAUCACCAAUCUUGCUACGAUAUCACACAUCAUGCUACGAUAUUACCAAUCUUGCUACGAUAUCACACAUCAUGCUACGAUAUCACACAUCAUGCUACGAUAUCACACAUCAUGCUACGAUAUCACCAAUCUUGCUAAGAUAUCACACAUCAUGCUACGAUAUCACCAAUCUUGCUACGAUAUCACACAUCAUGCUACGAUAUUACCAAUCUUGCUACGAUAUCACACAUCAUGCUACGAUAUCACCAAUCUUGCUAAGAUCACACAUCAUGCAUCUGGGACGUAG